AUGCCGCUGCACAAAAAAGGCUGCUCUAUCACGUCCAAAAGCAUCCAUGAGUGGUCGAUAAAAGACAUAAGUUCAUAUUUAUUUAAUGAAAAGUGUGUAAACAAGUGUAGCAAAUCACUAGUGUUUUCCUCAGACUCAGGGAUCGACGACCAAUGGACCAUAAAGUUGGAAUUCAGUGGUCAAGAUUCCUGGAUAACAAUCGAGUGCGAUUCUGUGGACGAAGAAGACAGUAUCAGAGCAACGCACUCGAUUUUUAUGAUUGACCGCCAAGAGAAUUUGGUAUUCAUCGGGCAGAAUAGUGGAGAAUAUGACAGCGAGUCUUGCGAGCACAUCGUCUACUUUUUGGACAAAGAUAUUUUUGCCGAAAUACAGAAAAGUAAAAUUCUGAGCAAAGAUACUCUGGUGCUGUGCAUCGAGCUGCAGGUUUAUUUUGACGACACUCCUUUUCCUGCGGAUUAUCCCAUUGAAAUACAUUCAAAGGACAAGUUGCCUAUUUAUUGCCGGACGUUGUACUCCAGCCGAGCGGUAAAUAGCGACGCUUUUCUGAUAAUUAAUAGCCAAGGAUACCCAGCCCACAGACAUGUUUUGAAGCAACGGUGCCCCGAAAUGUACGCGAAGCUCCGUCCGAUGCCAGAAAGCAAGAAGUCAUGUAUGCAUAUUUAUGAUUUGAGUCCUGAGUUAUUACAAAAAUUGCUGCAAUUUAUUUACACUGACGAGGUCAAUGGACUGGAUGACUACGCGGUCCCUCUACUGAAAGCUGCUGAAAAAUAUAAACUGGAAACUCUGAAGCGAAUGUGCGAAAAAUGUAUUUGCGAUCGCUAUUUGACGAUUAAGAAUUCCCAAGAAGUUAUGGAAUUGGCUACGCGUUGUAAUGCUCAAAAUUUGAUUAAAUAUAUAUGCUUGUUUCAAAUAGCCAAUAAUGUGGCUGAGUAG